AUGUCCUCUAUUGGGUCUCCGACCACUGGCCUGUCGCCAAGAAGUCGUCGCUCGUCGUCGAUGGAUCAGUCACCGCCUGGGCAGCCGCCGACCAAUACCAUUGAAGUUGACUCGGAUCUCAAUGACACAGACUCUGCCUAUCCCGAAUCAGAGGCUGCAACUGAUGGCAUGUCGCUGAGGUCCUCCAUCCUAAACUACAAGUGGGAAAAUUCGCGACGCUACCAUGCCUACAAAGAUGGCUCCUACUGGGCCCCUAAUGAUGAACAACAACAGGACGCCGAGGACUUGAUUGAAUUUGCAGACGAGCAUCCGUCUGCCGCCGUCCUCGGCAUCGAUCUAUCUCCGAUUCAACCAAAUUUCGUCCCACCCAACUGCCGGUUCAAGGUCGACGACAUCAACGACCACUGGACAUUCGGCGAGAACCACUUUGACUUUAUCCAUAUCCGAGCCAUGAUCGGCUGUGUCCCAGACUGGGUUGAGCUUCACAGAAAAAGCCUAAGGUCUCUCAGGCCCGGCGGUUGGGUAGAGCAGGUGGAAUUAUCAGCCAUCGCUCAGUCAGAGGAUAAUACCAUCAGACCAGACUCUCCGUUAGUUACCUGGAAGGAAAUAUUUCAAGAGGUGGGGGAAUUAACUGGCAAGACCUUCAUGGCGUGUGAAACCGUCGGCGAUGCCAUCAGAGAAGCCGGUUACGUCAACGUCACCGAGCGACGGAUCAAGCUACCAAUCGGCAUGUGGCCCAAAGAUAAGCAACUAAAGCAAUGGGGUGCGUGGAAUCGCCAGUACCUUCUCCAAGGGCUAGAAGGCUUUUCCAUGCGGGGGUUGACGGAAUUAUUGGGGUGGAGCGUUGAAAGAGUGCAAGACUUCUUGGAUGAGAUGCAGAGGGAACUUCUGGAUAGUCGCGUUCACUCAUAUCUUGAGCUGUGCGUUGUCUUUGGUCAAAAACCGGAAGAAUAA